AUGGCAGCUCCGGUCGACCCUCGGGCGUCCCCCCGAGCAAAUACCAGGAUGAAUAAAAACAGGUUAGCCAUCCAUCGACAGCUGGAUGAUCUCCUGAGGGACCUUGACAACAGACCAGACAUGAUGGACCAAAUUUCGAGAUAUAUGCAGCAUCGGACCCAGUGGGAAGAGCCAAGCGAUCUUAUUCCACUAGACGAAGUGGAACAGAGAUUGGAUCUGGUCGAGAAGUUCCAGGCGUCGAAGCGUGCAAAGCUCGCAGAGGAAGCCGAGGAAACCGAUCCAGACGACGAUGAAGCACAGAAGCAGGCCGCGGAUUGGAAGCUCAAUCGUCUCACCUACGCCGCUUGCAUGACUAUGCCCCUAUCGCUGCUAGUUGAGUACACCGAUGAAGAGCAAAUCUCAAAGAUGGACAACCCCACCAAGCGCCCAGGAGCCCAGCAGCCCACAAUGAAGAGAGCAGCGAAGCGCAGAAGGGGCUCUCACGAAACAACGGAUAUAGACUCCGGGGCUGAUAGUGAUACCGAAGAGAGCGCUCAAUCGGCACGAGACCGCCGGAUCCAACUGUCUGAGAAGAUCAAAAGUGAUGAGAAAAGAAAGAAGGCACUCGGCUAUCAGGAGGGUCGAUGCCGGAUCUCUGGUUCCACUGAACCAGAAGUUGCUUAUAUCAUGCCUCUCUCGUUUACCAACAGCACGAUUGAUAUAGACAGAUCUACGCAAUUCAGGGAGGCCUUCUAUCUCUUCGGUGCCUCGGCUGUCACUGCAUCAAUAGUUAGCGGCGGUGUAGGACUCGGGGCGAAUGACAAGGUGUCCAAUAUGAUCUGCCUUGACCGAAAUCUUCACAGCAACUGGGAUAAGGGCUACCUUGGCAUCAAAUACCUUGGCAUGGCCGAUGUCCCGGGCCAAGAUACUACAGAAAUUACACUUCAGGUUGUGUGGAUGCCCAUGGUCAAGGCAGCAGGUUUCUCUUGCCAUGACCUUAUCGACCUGGACGAUGAGCGUGAUGAGUACUCGGGGUUCGCCUACACUAUCGAAUCUCUGGCUGACACAGCUCCCGGCAACAAAGUCUUCAGAGGCUCAGGUUGGCCAAUUGUUUCUGGAGAUAGGUUCACUGUCCGAAGGUCUACUGGUGGUGCAGAAUAUUUUGUAGAGAUGAUCAAGCUGCGAUGGCACCUGGGACUACUCGCGGCAAUCUCUGGAGCCGCAGGAGACUCUGACUUCAUUUUCGGCCAAGAUGAGGACUUUGAAAGACAGGUCAGAGAUUACGGCAGCGUCUAG